CACUUUUAACCGAAGGCCUAAAGGCUGGUUAUAGUUCCGACCGCCAUCUGGGCCCAACGACAAACCCUAAACCCUUUUCCUCCAAAUUCACGCGAGCUCCAAUCUGUGUGGGUCUCCGUCGUCGUCUCUCUCCUCCCGGCCGCCGGCGCGAUGAGGCGGUUGCUCGGCCACCUACACCCCCAUGCCCAGAGCCUCUUCGCUUCCCUGCCUCGCAAACCGUCCAUCGCCACCAAGCUCCCCUUCCUCCUCUCCCGCCGCCUCCUUUCCGAUGCCGCCUCGCCUCCUGCCCCCUCGCUGCCGCCUCCUCCCCCGCCCUCUGCCGACGUCACGAACACAGAGUUGAAGAAGAGGUUGGAGACUUACUAUGGGGUGGAUGAAGAGGCUGAAUUACCAUCUGUCGCUAAGGCUGUUCUUGAGCGGAAUCUCACGGGUGCCCAUAGUGAGACUGAUGAUGACCUUAUUGAGGAGCUGCGUAGUAAGCCACUCCCUGAAGUCCAUGACCGGGACUUUGAGUCUGAUUUUGAGGAGAUGCAUGAUACUGAUGAGGAGCUGAAUGACCUGUACAAUACAAGGGAGUAUGUUGAGAAGAAGAUCAAGAGUGAUGAGUUCUUUAACAUGGAUGACACAAAGUGGGAUGCCAUGAUCAAGGAGGCCACAGACAAGGGUCACUUAACUAACAUGAAGGAGUGCGAGGAAAUCCUCGAGGACAUGCUCUACUGGGACAAGCUACUUCCUGAUGAGAUCAAGCAAAAGGUGGAGACCAAAUUUAAUGAGUUGGGAGACAUGUGUGAGAGGGGAGAGAUGGAACCUGAGCAAGCAUAUGAGAUGUUCAAAGAAUUUGAGGAUAAGAUGGUCGCUGAGUGCACUGAAUUAAUUGAAUCAAAGAUGCCAACUGACGCUGAUGAACUGACUGAAUCAGGAGGUAAGAAAGUUGAGUUAGAUGAUCUACCUGGCGAGGGACCUGUUCUAAGGUGGGAAUCACGGAUUGUAUUUGUUCCUAGUGGAGAUGCAUAUCAUCCCAAAAACAGAAAAGUCAAGCUCAGUGUGACUGUGAAGGAAUUGGGACUUUCACGACAUGCUUUCCGUCGGUUGCGUGAGGUUGUUGGAAAGAGGUAUAAUUCUGGGAAAGAUGAGCUCACAAUAAUCAGUGAAAGGUUUGAACACCGGGAAGAGAACAGAAAAGACUGCUUGAGGACACUGUAUACUCUAAUAAAAGACGCAAUGAAAGCUGACAAACUUGUUGAGGAUGCCAGGAAUUCUUAUGUUAAAGGAAGACUUAAGGCUAAUCCACAAUUUAUGGAGCGAUUGAAGAGGAAGACAGAUAAGUUGAUGGCAGCUGCAUAAGGGUCAUUCUUAGUCAUAAAUAUAUGUUGAGCAUCUCGAAUAACAAUGUCAACACACAUCCCCAGCCUAUGCCUUUUUGGAAAUCUUUUGCUGCUUUCCUAAAUUGAAGAUGCUUAAUUUCCAUAGUUUGCUGAGGAAAGUAGCUACUGAGGUGUAAAUUUUGGAGUCAAUAUGUCGCUUCUUCUGAAGUCACAGAAUCAUGCUGGCAGGACUGGAAUCUAAUCUCAACCUUGUGAUCUGUACAAUUGAUUCAUUUAAAGGGUAAUUUCUGCCUUGUUUAGAUAACUUAAAGUCUGUACGUUCUCUAUGGUAAUUAUCAUGCCAAGUUAGCUACUUACGAUGUGCUCUGUAGUGUAUGCGGGAGUAUGUUUGAUGCAAGAACUAUGAGCCAUCCAUCAGGCAUGAGCAGGACCACCACGGUCCUCACCGUGUCCUCCUACAGCGGCUCCUACAGCGGCGUGGCGGCGGCAAACACCGUGGAUGACUUGUGCGACAUGAUCCGUGGCUUCGUGGACGUGUGCGUCGCGGCUACGGUCCGUGCCUAGCGCGGCCAGUCUGUGGACAGGCACGGUCACCUCCUAAUGGUUGCAGACAUGGCGGUCGCGAGCAGGACGUCGCCCGCGAGGAUGGCACGGCGCGAGGACAAGGGAGGGGACCUUCCCAGUUCCUCUCGAUUCUUCCCAUUUCUUCUCAAAAAAUUAAAGAUUGUCCACAUGCCACGCUGGAGCAGGGGCAGAUUUGGGUUCCGGGCCACCUGGGCCGUGGCCCGAGUCGUGGCCCAAAUAUCCACUUAUACUUAGGUUUUUUCAGCCCAACCAUUUAUCCUUCCUCUCCACUUGAAGCCUGGGCGUAUGGCGGCUGCAACCCUGAUCGACCUAGCCUCAACCUUGCCCUGGCGGCGACUUGAGGUCGACGGCCAGUCACCAGUGCUCCCUAUGACAAGCUCGACGGCCGCUGCGCGCCCUCCAUGGAUCUAGCAACUAGCGAACCGGGCAGUCGGCGACCUCCUCACCUCCCUGCGGCCCUGCGCCUUGCUUCCUGCCUCCCUCCACGGUUCGUCGCGGGCCUGUGUUUUCCGCCCCUCGCCGGUGGCUCGGCUCCUCCACGGCAGUCGGCGGCGUCACCAACUCCGGCUUCCACAGGUCAGCCACGCUGACACUGGAACAGGAUGUGCGCUGAAGUUUCCACACAGAUGUCAGGCACCACAUUCUUGAUGAUGAGAUUCGCACGACAUUGUAAGCACCCGCGGAGGGCCAGCCAACCAAAGAAUUGCACCCAUAUGGCGGCGCCCUGCUUCUCUAGAUGAAACAAACCAGCUCCUUCAUCCACGGUCGUCCCCCCACUGCGCAGCACUUGAUAGAACAUGCUCGACCGAAGUUUGUUGUCUCUAGCUGCAGCGAAACAUCCCAGGACGAUCUAGUUAUUGUCCCAUUGCAUAUUAUUCUCGAUUGGAUGAUCUUGUGUCGUAGGCCAUUUAAUGAAGUUUGCAGGAGCAACAUUCUCUU